AUGGGAAGAGCGCCGUGCUGUGAAAAAGUUGGGCUAAAAAGAGGAAGGUGGACAGCCGAAGAAGACGAAAUCUUGACAAACUACAUUCAACUCCAUGGAGAAGGCUCUUGGAGAUCUUUGCCCAAGAAUGCAGGUUUGCUAAGGUGCGGGAAGAGUUGCAGACUGAGGUGGAUAAAUUAUCUGAGGACUGACUUGAGGAGAGGGAACAUUACUCAAGAGGAGGAAGAAACCAUAGUAAAGUUGCACACUGCUUUGGGUAAUAGGUGGUCAUUGAUAGCUGCUCAGUUGCCGGGAAGAACAGAUAAUGAGAUUAAAAACUACUGGAACUCUCAUUUGAGUCGCAAAAUCUACACCUUCACCAAGCUUAUGGGAAACGAAUGUCUCAUCCCCACCAUGAUCAAUAAUGUAUCGAAGACGGCUAAUGCGAAAUCAAAGCGCAAAGGACGUACAAGCAGAUCCACCAUGAAAAACAAGAACAAGCUUAACAAGAAUGUUACAGUGCCAGCCUCAUUUCCACAAGUCAUAAAGCAAGCUUAUGUGAAUGAUGUGUUUGAAUCGUUAACCAGAGAAAACGCAGGUCAAGUGGAAACCAGUCCUUUAAUGGGCUCGGGGUGUUGGUCCCCCAAAGAAAAGGAUGGAAAUGAAGAAGAGGUAGAGACAAUAAGAAUGUUGGGUGGUGUGCAAGGUUCUUGCUUGGAUAUUACAGCUGCAGGGAUGAGUAGUUCAACAACUACUGCAAUAUGUGUAGCUAAUAAUGGUGAAAAAGAGGCAUUGGACCCAAGUGAAUGUGUAGACAGUGAUGCAAGUGUGAAUCAUAAGCCAAGUGGGAAGACUACUGCUAUAGGGUUUAAGGAGCAGAGAGGAAAUGAGGUUAUGGAUUUUACAGAUGACCAUGAGGUAACCAUAAAGAGUGACCAUCAAGGUAUUUGGAGCUCAAAUAUUGAAGGGAGCUGUGAUGAGAUGUAUGCUUUCUCUUCCCCAUUGAAUGCAGCCUUUGAUGAUCAUGAAUGGCUCGAUUGGGAUUGGUUAGGUGGUGAUGGAGGCGGUGGUCUUCAAUGUCAUAAUAAUGAGGAGUUGGAUUUAUGGGAUGAAGGGGAGGUGAGGAUACCUUGGUUAUGGGAGAGUGGCAAUGUUGAUGAUCAGAGAAACUAA